AUGGGGGACUCCUCGGUGGCGAUCCACGCCGUGGGGUCCAAGGUGUGGGUGCAGGACAAGGCGGAGGGGUGGGUGAAGGGCACGGUGACCGAAUUGGAUGGCGCCAAUGUGACCGUGAGGCUGGAGAACGGGGACACGCACAAGUGCCCGGCGCUGGAGUGCCCGCGGCAGAACGUGGAGGGGCGGCCCGAGGAGGACAUGACCAAGCUGCCCUACCUCAACGAGCCCGCCGUGCUGCACAACCUCAAGGGGCGCUACAUGGUGGACGACAUCUACACCUACACCGGCAACAUCCUGAUUGCCGUGAACCCCUUCGCGGCGCUCAACCACCUGUACGGGCGCCACAUGAUGGAGCAGUACCGGGGGCACGAUCUGGGCGACCUGUCGCCGCACGUCUACGCCGUGGCCGACGACGCGUACAGGCUCAUGAUGAAGGAGAACAACAGCCAGUCCAUUCUCGUGAGCGGGGAGAGUGGUGCAGGGAAAACAGAGACAAGCAAGCUCAUUAUGCGCUACCUUGCAUUCAUGGGAGGAUACAAAGAAGGGGGGAAUGACACUUCAGAGGACACCCGAACUGUGGAACAGCAGGUCCUGGAAUCGAAUCCCCUUUUGGAGGCGUUCGGCAAUGCUAAGACCAUCAGGAACAACAACUCCUCCCGGUUCGGAAAGUUCACAGAGCUACACUUUGACAAAUCCGGCAGGAUUUCAGGUGCAGCGAUUCGCACAUACCUCCUGGAGAGGUCGCGCGUCGUGAGCUUGAACGACCCUGAGCGAAACUACCACGCCUUCUACCAGCUGUGCGAUGGUGCCUCUGACGAGGAGAAGAAGGCGUUCUAUCUGAAGCCAGCAUCAGAGUUUCACUACCUUAACCAGAGUACCUGCUACAAUUUGCAUGGUGUGGAUAAUGCCCGAGACUACAAGCGAACAAAAAAGGCAAUGUCACUUGUUGGCAUCCCUGAGAAGGAUCAGACCAGCGUGUUCAGGACUGUGGCAGCUGUCCUGCACAUGGGCAACAUUGUCUUUGUCGAUGGCCACGAGACAGAAUCCUCGGAGCUGGCUGAUGAGAAGUCUGCGUGCCAUCUUGAGGCAGCGGCAAAGCUGCUGGGUGUCUCUGCGGAGGGCCUGAAGCAUGCCCUGUCAACGAGGACCAGGUUCACACGGGAUGGUGCCAUCGUCAGCCCACUGCCUCCAAAGGCCGCCACGGACAACAGGGACACGCUGUCCAAGACGAUCUACUCGAAGCUGUUCGACUGGCUGGUGGCUGCGGUGAACUCCUCCAUCGGCCAGGACCCCAGGUGCCGGUGCGUGAUCGGUGUGCUGGACAUCUACGGCUUUGAGUGCUUCACGGAGAACGACUUUGAGCAGUUCUGCAUCAACCUCGCGAACGAGAAGCUGCAGCAGCACUUCAACCAGCACGUGUUCAAAAUGGAGCAGGCCGAAUAUGAGAAGGAAAAGAUCGACUGGAGCUACAUCAGCUUUGUAGACAACCAGGACGUCUUGGACCUUAUCGAAUCCAAGAUGGGCAUUUUGGACCUGCUGGACGAGACAUGCAAGUUUGGAAACGCGACAGCGGAGGACUUUGCGCAGAAGCUUUACCAAGCUGACACUGUGAUGAAGCACAAGCGGUUCUCCAAGCCCCGGCGCUCCCAAACAGCAUUCACCCUGGAUCACUACGCCGGUGAUGUCACCUACCAGGUCAUCAACUUCAUGAUGAAGAACAAAGACUUUGUAAUCUAUGAGCACCAGGAGCUGCUGGGCAAGUCAGAGGAUGCUUUCACCAGGGAUCUUUUCAAGGCGGAGGCGGAACCUGCGCCCGCCAAGGGUGGUGCCAAGGGUGGCGGGAUGAAGUCUGCUUACAAGUUCUCAUCUGUGGGGAGCCGUUUCAAGAAACAGUUACACGAGCUGAUGUCCACACUGCACACUAUGUCCCCCCACUACAUCCGUUGCAUCAAGCCCAACAGCUUGAACCAGCCCAUGAACUACGAGAACGCCUACUGCCUCCACCAGCUGCGAUGCGGAGGAGUGCUGGAGGCCGUGAGGAUCAGCUGUGCCGGUUACCCCACGAAGCGCCUGUUCGAAGACUUUGUGGACCACUUCUGGCCACUCGUGAUCAAUAUGUACCACACCAAUGUGGGCGACAGGGAGCUGUGCGAGGAGAUCAUUCGCCGGGCUGGCCUUAAGGACUUCCAGUUGGGCAUCAGCAAGGUGUUCCUGCGCUCGGGGGGGCUGGCCAUCCUUGACAAGAUGAGGACGGAGAUGCUCAACAGCGCUGCCAUCAAGAUCCAGAAGACUGUGAGGUGCUACCUGCAGAGGAAGCACUACCAGAAGAUCAGGCAAGCAGUGGUGACAAUCCAGGCACACACCCGCGGCAUGUUCGCACGCCGUCUUGCCCGAAACAUGCGCAUCCUCCGGGCCACGAUCAUCAUCCAGAAGUUCGUGCGGCGGCAACAGGCCAUGGCAGCGUUCCGCAAAGCAUACCGUGCGGUGCUGCUCAUGCAGGCGGGCUUCCGGGGCUACCAGGCUCGCAAGGCUGUGCACGAGGUGCGCAUCCACAGGGCCGCUGUGACGAUCCAGAAGUGCUGGCGUGGCUACAAGGCCAGGAAGGAGUUCCUGAGGAUCCGCAAGGCCACCAUCGUCAUCCAGUCAGGACGUCGUGUGGUGCUUGCAAAGCGUCUGAAGAAGAAGCUGAAGGCCGAGGCAAAGGAGGCUCGCAAGCUCCUGGCAGACAAACAGAAGCUGCAGGAGAGGAACAAGGAGCUGGAGGCGUUGCUUGGGCAUGUGCAAGACCAGAGGAAUGAACUCAAGCAAAGCCUUAAGGAGGAGAAGGCCGCAAGUGCUGCGCACAUGGAUAGGAUCCAGGCACUUGAGGAGGAGAAGGAAAAUGCCAAUGCUAACCAGCAGGGCAAAAUCAUGAAGGCGGUCUGGGAGGAGAGGCAAGCAAAGGACCUGAUCCAAUCAGAGCUGGAUGCGAUGCGCAAGAAAGCCCGGGAACGUGAGAAGGCUCUGAAGGCAACCAACCAGGAGCUUGAGAAGAAAAUGGCGGAAAUCACAGAGCGGUUGGAGGCAUUGGAAAGGAACAAUGCUCAGUUGGCAGAGGAAGCCAAGAAGAAGGAGGACGACCUGUUGAGAAGGUUGGAGAAUGCGGUUAAGCAGCGCAAUGAGGCCCGGGAGAAGACCAUGGUCUUGGGUGAGGAGCUCAAGAAGCAGGAGGAGGAGAUCGCAACCAGUCGGCUGGCAGCGCAGGCAGGGCAGGAAGCAGCUGCUGCAGCGGCAGCAGCCGCAGCAGCGGCUCGUCCAGCCCUCCGAAAGCACAGGUCAAUGAGCAUGGAUGUGUCCAGCCUCCGGAAGCGGAUGCACAAUGACCAGUUGCAGCAGCUUGGAGCUGAAGCACCCAUAGGGGAGAACGGCGACCUGGAGUCCAAGUUUGCUGGGCCUGGCCAUGAAUACCCCGAGGUGGACCGCACGCAGCAGGAGCUGUACCUCAAGCAGCAACAGAUCUACAAGGAGCAGCGCAAAGCAGACGAGGAGAAGCUGCUGCAGUGCCUGUCCUCAGACCUCAGCUUCCAGAAGGGACGACCGCUGGCAGCGAUCGUCAUAUUCAGGUGCUGCCUGCAGUGGAAGUCAUUCCAGGCAGACAAGACGUCGAUCUUCGAUCGCAUCAUCCAGGCGAUCGGCAAGCAGAUCGAGGAGAAGCAGGAGGAGAACAGUGUGCUUGCUUACUGGCUCACCAACAUCGUAACGCUGCUGUUCAUGCUGCAAAAGAACAUCAAGCCGGCAAGCAGUGGCGCCUACGGCAAGUCUGGCAGACCAGGUGGCAGCGCACGGUCCUUCCUGGGGCCCAACCGUUUCACCAGCUUCUUCUCCAGGAUGACCACGCCGUCCACACCCUCGUUUGCCGACGCCUCUGUCCACGGUGGAGGCGCUGGUGGGUUCACGCAGGUGGAGGCCAAGUACCCCGCUCUGCUGUUCAAGCAGCAGCUUGAUGCCUUUGUCCAGAAGAUCUUUCCCAUGCUCAGGGACAACAUCAAGAAGGAGAUCACAAAUCACCUGUCUUCAUGCAUCCUGGCACCAAGGGGCGUCACAGGCCGUGGUGGCAGGAGCUUGAACCGGACCACAUCGCCAAGAUCUGGUGGCCUGUCCCCCCACGUGCAGGGCCGCCAGUGGGAGGAGGUCCUGCACGUCCUGGACCGCCUGCUCUUCGUGCUCAAGGCCAACCACGUGCCCCACUUCCUCAUGCAGAUGCUCUUCAAGCAGAUCUUCGCCUUCGUGAACGUGCAGCUUUUCAACCAGCUGCUGCUGCGGCGCGAGUGCUGCUCGUUCUCUAACGGCGAGUACGUCAAGACGGGGCUGUCCGAGGUGGAGCACUGGAUCGACAGCUCGUCGAGGAAGUACGUGGGUGACUCUUGGGACGAGCUGAAGUUCAUACGACAGGCCGUGACCUUUUUAGUCAUCCACCAGAAGCCCAACAAGUCACUGCAGGAGAUCACGUCGGACCUGUGCCCCGUGCUGAGCGUCCAGCAGCUGUACCGCAUCUCCACGAUGUACUGGGACGACAAGUACAACACGGAGACGGUGUCGCCUGAGGUGCUGCAGCAAAUGAAGCAGCUCAUGGUGGACAACUCGUCGGCCGCCAGCCACUCCUUCCUGCUCGACGACGACUCCAGCAUACCCUUCUCGCUGGAGCACAUAGCCCAGAACAUGGAAGACAAAGACCUGUAUUGUGACAUCCGCGAGACCCCGGAGGCCUUGAAGUCCAGUCGCGGAUUCGACUUUCUGCACAAGCCUCUGACCAUGGCCGCCUGA